AUGGAAAAGGAAGACGAAAGGAGGACUGGAACGGAGAACGUCUUGAGGCUUGAAGAGACUGAACUUCGGAAGAUUCUGCAGAUUUUUGAUCGUAGAAGUCCAAUUAACUCCUGGCCGAAGCUUAUGCUGUUACUCUCUGCAGCAGUGAAACCCAGAAAGACACAGAGAGAGGAUCGACAACAUGGUCUGGGGCUUGUUUCCCAGCGACCCACUUCCAGGUGAAGAUAGGUACUAUAUUUUUGGAAAAGGGACGUACAAAGUGGGUCGAAAAGGAUGUGACGUGAUAGUUAAUAAAGAUAAAGGAGUUUCUCGAAUCCAUGCGGAAAUAAAGGUUGAUGCAGUGACUUCCUUGGAGAGUUUGCAAGGUAGAUCUUCUGAUAUAUCCUUCAGAGUAAGGAUAAGAGAUUGUUCGAAGUAUGGAACAUUUAUUAACAAGAACCUAGCAUUGAAAGAGAAAGUUCAUGAGUUGCCAAAUAAAGAAGCAACUUUAAAAGAUGGGGACCUGGUCUCAUUUGGAACUGGUAAUGCAACCUACAGGUUUUGUUUCGUUCCACUUAAAUUUCUGGUUUACUACUCAGAACCUUUAGAAGCUAAUCAACUUCUUGAACAGAAGAUAUCAUUAAUAGGUGCUUCUAUGACUCAUAUUUGGAGCCCAGACUGCACGCAUGUCCUUGUUAAUCAAUUCAUGCCAUUGACAGAGGAUCUAAUUGAUCCUUUCGUGGCCAAGAAGCCUUUCGUCCUGAAUGAGUGGGUUGAGGUUCUUGCAGGAAAAAGUAUCUGCACUGAAAUUCCAAACUGCAGCUCUUAUGCUCCUACCUUGUUGCUGGAAGGUGUAUCAGUCAAAGUUGCUGACCCAAAAUCACGGGAGAACUGUUUGAGAGGAUACACUUUCCUAUUGGAUUCAAUGCACAAGUAUAAAUUUAAGGAUAAGCUAUUUUCAUUAUUGGAAAUAGUCAGUGCCAAGGUUGUUUCUAUUGAACAGUUUUCUUCAGAUAGCCAAGGAUUGGAGGGUGAAGAAGAUUAUAAGGUGGUGAUUGUUGUCCCUUCUGGAUUGGCACAAAAUUUUGUGUCCUCCCACAACCUUAGUUCUCUAUCUAGGGUGAAGGAGAAUGAUUUAAUUUGUUCUGCUUUUUCUGGACAUUUGGAUCCCUCUGUCAUGAUAGCAGCACCUGUUGUUGUCUCGUCUUCAUGCUCCACGGAUGAGACAGUAGUAGCAGAUUCUGAUGUAGAAGCAGAAAAUGCUAUCUCAGUUGACAUGUCUACUGCUGUCAAUAUAAAAGAAUCCACUAAAAAUGAGAGCAAAGAGGAAUUCUUUACAAUUAAUGCUGCUGCUAGAUUACAGAGCGACAUCAUUGCUUUCUCCAGUGGUAGAGAUAAUACUAUUACAGAAAGAAGAGACCAGGCUGAUGCACCUGAAAGUGGAAAUCCAGAUAUCAUAUACAGCCAAAAUUUAAUUGUUAGAGAUACUAAUUUUCCAGCUUCAGCCCAUUCUUUGACAGACAAUGAAGUUCCAAAUUUUAAAUGCUUCAAAAAGUCAAGGAUGCCAUCAGGAAAUAGCUUCAACAAUCUCAUUCCAUUCUCAAAAUACCCAUACAAAGAGUCUGACCAUGGAAGUGAAGUAAUAGUUGGAUUUGCCAAAGAAGAAAAAAAGCGAAAACAAAUGGAGUCUAUGGCAGAGGACCUAUUUAACAGUGAGAAGGUGCGACGACGCAGAGUUGCAGGUUCUUUUCAUGGACUUUUUCCUCCUAGUUGACUAAGGAGUCUCCUCUACAAUGAAGAUGAUGUGGAUGAGAACCUGAAGAGUGUAGUAGCCCAGUAUAAAAGCAGGGGAUGGAUGGAACUUGGAUGAACUGUAAACUUCUUGUACAUUCUGCUUUUAAGUUCCUAUUCUUCUUGGGUUUUAACUGAUUUUUGUGGUUUAUAGAUGAUUGCUUUUGCUGGCAUGGUGGAAUUUUUUUCUUCGUUUUUCUUUUUAAAGUGUUGGUUCGAGAAGGAAAAUGUUAAUACUUAUCGAUUUUGUCAUCAAUUUUUAUAUCAUCGUUUUUACUGUUCA